UAAAUUGUACAAAUAAAAAGUAAAACUUUAAAAAUAUCUUUUGCUACAUGCCACAUAUUGUAUGUAUUAUGCAAAGUACAAUACAUCAACAUUUCUGAUGUUAUGUGAUCUUGCAGAGAAUUCUUGAAUAAACAUUGUAAUUGCAAGGAAGACGAGCAAUUAUUAGGGGCUGGUGAAAUGAACCGAUAUGUGGUACUGCAACAACUCGGUGAUGGCACUUACGGUUCAGUCGCACUGGCGCAGCGCCGGGACACUGGUGAAAAAGUUGCCAUAAAAAGAAUGAAACGAAAAUAUUAUUCUUGGGACGAAGCUAUGAAUUUACGAGAGGUUAAAUCGCUCAAGAAACUUAACCAUGCUAACAUUGUUAAAUUACGUGAAGUUAUUCGAGAAAAUGAUACUUUAUAUUUUGUGUUUGAGUAUAUGCGUGGAAAUCUCUAUCAGUUGAUACGUGACGCCGAGAGGCCGUUCGCAGAGCCAAUUCUGCGUAACAUAUUGUACCAAGUGCUUCAAGGUUUGACUCACAUGCAUCGGCAUGGCUUCUUUCAUCGAGAUCUAAAACCUGAGAAUUUAUUGUGCGCGGGACCAGAGUUAGUAAAAAUAGCAGAUUUAGGACUUGCUCGUGAAGUGCGAUCAAGGCCGCCUUAUACUGAUUAUGUGUCAACUAGAUGGUAUCGUGCACCUGAAGUCUUACUGCACGAUACACAUUACGGUGCUCCUAUUGAUCUCUGGGCAGUCGGCUGCAUUAUGGCGGAAUUGUAUACUUGUCGUCCCUUGUUUCCUGGAAAUUCAGAAAUCGAUCAACUGUAUAAAAUCAGCGCAGUAUUAGGGACACCAUCACGCGAAGAGUGGCCUGAUGGUUACACGCUUGCAGAAACUUUACGCUUUCGUUUUCCGACGUGUGCAGGCGUGGCUCUAACACGCGUAGUACCGACGGCUUCGCCCCCUGCACUGGCUCUCCUUGCAGCCUUGCUGCGAUAUCCACCACGCGAUCGUCCAACAGCGCCCCAAGCUCUUAGAUUCCCUUAUUUUGCGGUCGGCGCCACGCUCGUUCUUCCACCACCGGCAUCAAGAACACGUCGGAGCGGAAUUCGCGCCGAGGUGGAAAACGUAGUUCCUUCAGCGAUUAAUUCAACGACGCAACCGACGGUUCCGACGCCUCUACAUGAUCGUUUUGCCGACAUUUUAGGAGGUGAGGUGGUGCACUCGGCACGACGCUCGCGUGCCGGUGGAGGAGCAGCACGCGGGCGCAGCGUGUUGGCGGCGCUGCAUGCCGGCGCCGCGCCAGACGACACGCGCCCGGGCGCGGGAGCGGCGGCCGCCUACCUCGGCACGUCGCGCUAUGUAGCCGGUGCUAGGAUUGAUACCGCGCUUUUUCAUCCACUCGCGUUCCGGACGCAUAGAGAGACGACCGCGGUGGGUAGCGGAGCCGCGAGAGUGGACUGGGCGGCUAAAUAUCUGCGUUAGUGACGUUAGAAGCAUUAGUUAUUUAAUGUAAAUAGCAUGCCCUAGGCAAAAUUUUGUUUGUACGAGACGAUUA